CGAGCGGGAUUAAAUGAAACGUGAACGAGGUCACUGGCACCAUAUAAAGCUUUCUGCUUUCUCGUUAUCUCCGCCAUUUCUACCUUCCUUGGAUCUACAGAGAUGGAGACUUUCCUUUUUACCUCGGAAUCUGUGAACGAAGGACAUCCAGACAAGAUCUGUGAUCAGGUCUCGGACGCCAUCCUUGAUGCCUGUCUGGAACAAGACCCAGAGAGCAAAGUGGCAUGUGAGACCUGUACCAAGACUAACAUGGUCAUGGUUUUUGGGGAGAUCACAACCACGGCUAAGGUUGACUAUGAGAAAAUAGUCAGAGACACUUGCAGAGAGAUCGGGUUUAUAUCACCGGAAGUUGGUCUCGAUGCUGACAACUGCAAGGUCCUUGUGAACAUCGAGCAACAGAGCCCCGACAUUGCUCAGGGAGUUCAUGGCCACCUCACCAAGAAACCCGAAGAGAUUGGAGCUGGUGACCAAGGACACAUGUUUGGCUAUGCUACUGAUGAGACCCCCGAGCUUAUGCCGUUAACUCAUGUCCUGGCCACUAAGCUCGGUGCUAAGCUCACUGAAGUUAGAAAGAACAGAACAUGUCCAUGGUUGAGGCCCGAUGGGAAGACCCAAGUGACUGUUGAGUAUAAGAAUGAGGGUGGAGCCAUGAUUCCUGUUAGAGUCCACACGGUUCUCAUCUCAACCCAACACGAUGAGUCCGUCACCAAUGAGGAAAUAGCAGCCGACCUGAAAGAACAUGUGAUCAAGCCUGUAAUUCCUGCUCAAUACCUCGAUGACAAAACCAUCUUCCACCUGAACCCUUCGGGCCGUUUCGUCAUUGGUGGACCUCACGGUGACGCAGGGCUAACCGGAAGGAAGAUCAUCAUCGACACUUACGGUGGAUGGGGGGCUCAUGGAGGAGGUGCCUUCUCUGGUAAAGACCCAACCAAAGUGGACAGGAGCGGUGCAUAUGUCGUGAGACAGGCGGCCAAGAGUGUUGUGGCUUCGGGCCUUGCACGCCGUUGCAUUGUGCAGGUCUCGUAUGCGAUUGGAGUGCCUGAACCGUUAUCCGUGUUUGUGGACAGUUACGGGACUGGGAAGAUUCCGGACAAGGACAUACUGGCUCUGAUAAAGGAGAGUUUCGACUUUAGGCCAGGGAUGAUUUCCAUUAACCUGGAUUUGAAGAGAGGAGGGAACGGCAGGUACCAGAAGACAGCAGCCUAUGGCCAUUUCGGCCGGGAUGACCCUGAUUUCACCUGGGAAGUUGUCAAACCUCUCAAACCAGAGGCCUGAAUCCAUUGCCUAAAUCAAGAUCAUUGAUCUUUUUGGAGCUCGGAUCCUGGAGACUGGAAGAGCAAUCUGCUUGUUAUUCAUUUGUUUUGUUUUGUUUUUUUUGGCAUAAAAUUCUUCUGUAUUCAAACAAUUCUUGAAGUUUCCUUCCUCCGGCAAUAACUUGCUGAGGCAUAACAGUAAUUGUUUUGGUCGAAUUCUAGUUUGAAUGAAAGCUUCUGUGUUCUGUCUA